AUGUCGGGCAAAAAAAUCGAGCAGUGGGAAGUUGAGCGAUAUUGGGAGAUCUUCUCCUCGCUGGCUGGCGGCCAACCCCGUCUGAACAACUCCCAGGCCGCCUCCGUGCUCAGGAACAGCCGGCUUCGCGACGACCAGCUGGAGAAGGUCUGGGAUUUGGCCGAUCUGGACGGUGAUGGCGAGCUGGACUUUGAGGAAUUCUGUGUUGCCAUGCGAUUAGUCUUUGAUCUGGUCAAUGGGGAAUUACCGCAAGUCCCUAACACACUUCCCGAUUGGCUCGUUCCUGAAUCCAAAUCUCAUCUUGUCCACGCUACUCGUGCUCUGAGCGGCGGCCAAGAGCAGUUUGAGCACAUCGAGGAUGAAGACCUCACUCCCGGAUUGAAAGACGGAUUCGAUUGGUAUAUGAACCCGGGAGACAAGUCCAAAUACGAAGAUAUAUACUCUGCCAAUAAGAACCAACGCGGUGAAAUUGCCUUCGGGUCGCUGGAACCGCUUUAUGAGUCCCUUGAUGUACCAGACACUGACGUCCGCUCGGCCUGGAACCUGGUAAACCCAUCUGCUGCGCCUGAAAUCAACAAAGACGCAACACUCGCCUUUCUCCACAUCCUGAACUACCGCCACGAGGGCUACCGCAUCCCCCGCACAAUCCCCGCUUCGCUGCGAGCCUCAUUCGAGAACAAACAAAUAGACUACCAGCUUGACAGUGCACGGCCAGCACAAAGAUGGGGCGCAAAUGGAGAGACGGAGACUUCAACAGGUCGCAAGGGCAAGUUCGGUGAUACAUACCUGAGCCGACUCGGUGUCUCCGGCAAGACGUCCUACACUCCAAAGGGCACGGACUUUAGCGACACAAUCCAGGAUGAGGAGUGGGAGAAGGUGCGCCUGCGACGUGAACUCUCAGAAUUAGACGCCAAGCUGCAGUCCGCGAACAAGGCUGUGGAUGACCGAAAGUCAGGCCACCGAGGCGAUGGUCGGCCAAACUGGGUUCUCAUUAAAAAGGAGGCCCUUCAGCUUCUGGAAUAUAAGGAGCGAGAGCUCCGUGACUUGCGUGAAGGUACAGGGCGGUCUAAAGCAGGUGGUGAUGUUGAGCGUCUCAGUGAGGAUGUCCGAACAGUCGGCGAGCAGGUUGAAGGAUUGAAGACUCACCUCAUUCAACGGAAAGGGGUCCUUGAAGAUCUGCGAAGAGAGGUUGAAGAUGAGCGGUCAUCUCGAUAG